GUGACCUUCACCAAGCGCAAGUUUGGCUUGAUGAAGAAGGCCUACGAGCUGAGCGUCCUGUGCGACUGCGAGAUCGCCCUCAUCAUCUUCAACCACUCCAACAAGCUGUUCCAGUACGCCAGCACCGACAUGGACAAGGUGCUGCUCAAGUACACCGAGUACAACGAGCCCCACGAGAGCCGGACCAAUGCGGACAUCAUUGAGACGUUAAGAAAGAAAGGUUUUAACGGCUGUGACAGCCCGGAGCCCGACGGCGAUGACUCGAUAGACCAGAGCCCCUUGAUGGAGGACAAAUACCGUAAAGGCAGCGAGGAUCUGGAUAUCCUCUUCAAGCGAUACGGUGCGCUGAACAAGAAGCACAGGGAGUGCGAGAGCCCGGAAGGGGAUGAAGUGUUUGCGUUGACCCCACAGACGGAAGAGAAAUAUAAAAAGAUUGAUGAGGAGUUUGAUAAAAUGAUGCAGAGUUACCGGCUCGCA